UCUUGCCUUCACCUACAUUUUCUUAGCCGUGUGUCAAUCAGCGCAUCACUUGGGUCACCUCGUUGCACUCUUGCUUUUCCUCGUUGACAAUUCCCAUUUCUUGGUUUCUGGGGGCCUUGUCGCCUUCUCACCGAGGCAAACUUUCUCCCGAUUUACAUCAUGUCCGAGUCACCCAAAGAAAAGAUACCAGAAGAAGAUGAAGCGACAGAAGCGCCACUGAGCAUGGCGGCUUCUGUCGUCUUAAGCAGCCUUCCGAAGGAUGCAUCCAAAGCACUCGAAACGGCCGGAAAUCUCAAUGUUCAGAAAGUAACUAUACGCCUCCAACCCAUAGGCUCAGCCCCGCAUCUCACUCAGCGUAUCUUCAAACUCAGCACCAAUCAGAAUUUUGCAACCAUAGUCCGUUUUCUGCGCAAGAGACUGGGUGUGAAGGAGCAUGAGAGCGUAUUUUGUUACGUGGGAAGUGUGUUUAGUCCUGGGCUGGAUGAGGGCGUGGGGAACCUAUGGAGCUGUUUCAAGCAAGGAGAAGAGCUGGUUGUGGGGUAUGCUCUUUCUCCGGCUUUUGGGUAGCCGGAGAACAAGAAUGAACCAUGGACAGGAAUGAUGAGAGGUUGGUGUUUUGGAGAGACAUGCAUUGUCUUGAUGAUAUGUUGAUGGUCGUUGUUUGU